AGUUGUCGAUUGACAGCGAAUAGUGUAGUGAUUGAACGUGAUUGUGGUUUUUGUGACUUUUGUGUACUAGUUUAUAAUAUGUAAAAAUCUAAAAACACGAAAUUUUAAUUAACAUUUCAUUUUUAUCGUAUUAUCAAUCAACAUUUAUUAAAAAUGUGUAAAUUUUAUCUUUAAAAUUAAAUGUGCACUUAAAAUAGAUAUUGUUUCUAGUAUCGUUUAUGUUAGACUUGCGAUUUGACGUGGUGUAAUGUAGCGAAAAAAUUAUUCUACUAAUACAAUAGCCUAUACAUCCUCAACUAUCCAUUAUACUGGGCAUUACUCAAAAUGAAAGACUGGCACAAGUUGUUUCCAAACAAGGAGGCGUUUAUAGUUUUCGCAUUAUACAUAAUUUUAUUUGUUUUUCAGGGAGUCUUUAUUACUGCUUCCAAAACUGAAAAUGGUGUAUAUGAUUACAACACAACACUCGUUGUGUUUUUAUCAGAGCUAUUAAAAUUGGUCAUUUCAGCUACUCUGUACACAUUAAAACGAGAAAACAAGCCUCAUCUUUUUAAAGCUAUAGCAAGAGAUUAUAAUCUUUUGCUCCUGUACUUUAUACCUUCACUGUUAUACUGUUUCUAUAACAAUUUAGCAUUCAUAAAUUUAUCACAUUAUGAUCCAACAUCAUACUACAUACUAUUACAAUUUAGAGUGGUCUUGACGGCUAUAUUAUUUCAGUUCCUCUUCCAGAAAAGACUUGCUUUCGUUCAAUGGAUAUCACUGGGAAUUCUAACAGUUGGAUGUAUGAUUAAAAACUUUGACGCAGCUUCAGUCAAAUCAAAAGGUGACACUGAUCUCUGGUCCCAAAUAUUCAGCAUAUACUUUUUAUCAAUUAAUUUUCAAAACUUUUGUUCCUGCCUUGCUGGGACAUACAAUGAAUAUUUAUUGAAAACUAAAGGAUCUAAUGUAGAUAUAUUUCUACAGAAUGUUUUUAUGUACAUGGAUUCAUUGAUAUGCAACUUCUUUAUUCUCAUGUGUAAGGGAGAAGUAAGUACAAUAUUUCAAGAUUUACAAUCCUUAGGAGAUAUAUUUGUAAUAUUAAUAACAGUGAACAGUGCAAUUGUUGGAAUUGUAACUAGUUUCUUUUUAAAAAAUUUAAACUCUAUAUUAAAAACAUAUGCUAGUGCAUUAGAGUUAAUUAUUACGGCCGUAGUGUGUUACAUUUUGUUUAAAAUUGUAAUAACGGCAUAUACAAUUAUAUCAAUAUGCUUAGUUGUAAUCUCAGUUGCCAUGUAUUUUAGAAAUCCAGUCAACAAUGUGAAUGUUGCCACUGAAAAAGAUACAAGAGAUUUGAAACCACUUUUAGAUGUUGUAGUUGAUUAAAAUGUGUUCAUUUACAUAACUAAGCCAAACUUGUAAAUAUUAUAUUUAUUUUUCUCAAAACGUGAGCUCAACUAUUGAAUUACAAACUAUAUUAAUCAACAUAAUAACAAAUAGUAAGUUAUAAAGUACCCUUUCUACAUGACAUGUGUGGAACAUAUCUAACUAAAAAAAAAAUAGUUAUUCAUAUAACAGGGAUAAAAGUCAUUUAAUAACUUUUUGAACUGAACAUAACAUGUAUUGAUUAUUAUUGAGCAAAUCUCAAUUGUGAAUAUCAUGUUACCUUUGUAGGUAGGUACUUUUAAUGAAGUGGUUUUUAUGUUUAAAUCUUAGCUUUAAAUUCUUGAUAUCAUGAAUUUUAAGAUACUAUCUAGUGAAACUCAAAUGUUUACUCAUAUGACUAGGCUAGGCUACAAAAUAUGUUCAGAAUAACAUGACCAUUUGGUGCAUUCUUCGCCAUACCCGGGACAACUCCUGAUACAACCUCAGCAAUCAAUUUUCACCUACUUUCGGUUUGAUGUGCCUUUCACAACUAAAUUUUUAAAAUAUAAAAUAUUAUUUCAAUCAUUAUAAUAUUAUUGUAUGAAACGCGGCCGUUGUUGAUUUAAAUAGUAUAUAUUUUCUAAAUGCGAAGUAUUUGAAGAAUUAAAAGAUAUUUUUGUAUUAUUCAAAUAGGUAUUAAAAAACUUUAUUUAUUAUUACUAAAACACAACAGACUUAAAAUGGAUCUCUUAGCACCCACUAUUGGCAUAUUUUGUAAGUUAUCUAAAAUAUUUUGUUUUGUAUUCUAUUAUUCUAAGAACGAGAUUUUUGUUAUAUGACUGAAAUAGUUCUAAUUAAAAUUAUUAUUGAAAAAAAUAUCAGACAUUGACUAAACUGGUUUUGUGAUUGAGAUGAGAUAAUAUUAUGAUAAAGGCUUCAAUUUUUUAAUUUUAAAUUUUCAAGAACAUUUUUUAUUUUGAUGUAAUUAGCGGGCAACUGAGUAAGCGAUAACCACCGCCCAUGAACAUUUGCAGCUGUAGGGCUGCUGGAAAUGUGUUGCCCGUUUUAAAUGGGAAUAAAGGAAUGGACUCGGAAGUGGGAAGAAUAUACAGACCUCUCACCAAACGAAACACACUAGUGCUAGUAUUUCACGUCAAUCUGUGGGAUACCUUCCACGGUGCGAGCUGGCUCAAUUCGUGCUGAAGCGUGCGCAACUCCCACACUAUAGGACUUAGUUGCAUUUUAAAAUAUAUGUAUACGUUUAUGGUGUCAUACUCAAUUAUAUCUUUAGGUUUAAAUUUUAAAUUUAUGACUGUAAAUUUGUAUUGAUUUAUGAAUUUAAACUUGUAAUUCUAACAUCACUGUAAGAUUUGUGCCUAGUAGCUGCAACAAUAAUUAGAUCCAACUAUUUAAGAUUAGCAAGGAUCAAUAUAUCAUUUUAAUGACUAAAACAGUGUUGGGCUUUUUAUUUAUAAUUGUGGCGGAAGGAACGAAUGUGGAAUUCUUCCAUCGAAAAUCCUCCAGAUCAUCCCUGUUUGGGACUAUGGUCUGUUCAAGGCGUGAGAACAAAGUAGCAAGUUACUUGAAGAAGUUGGAUAUUAACAAGGGCUGUCGACCUGACGGUAUUCCUCCGUUGUUUUAUAAGUCCUGCUAUUACAACCUGAUAUCUACUAUAUGUCAUUUAUUUAAACUAUAUCUAAAUAUAGGAACAAUGCUUAAAAUCUGGAAGCGGUCCUAUGUUUAAAUACGGAAAUAAACACACAGGUACACAGGAUAUUUAAUGAAGGCGUUGAUUCUACCUUCCUUUUAGGCAAAUUACUUUUACGAUGCCCCCUUAUAUGCUCUCGUGACAAAGCCCUUUUUGCAUUACCUAAUUUUAAAUCAAAUUUCGCUAGAAAUACAUAUAUCGUGUUUGUAAGAAAUAUAAUUAAACAAUUUGAGUGACCUUGCUUUUUUCUAAAAGCUUAAAUGCUUAAAAAAACAAAAUUCGAAAAACGAUUAAUUGGAAUUGUGAUCUCUAAAUUGUUCUCAUGCUUGUGAUUUCUGUUUUUUUAUUCUUUAUAUUCCGUAUGUAAAUGAAUUUGUUUUUGUAUUUAAAGUAUUUUAAUUUUUAGCGGAAACUUUGCUGAUAUGUGUAUGGUAUGUCUAUAAUCUAUAAGAAUUAUUUAUUGUUUGUUUCCCAAAGAUACAUAAAUAGAAAAGGGAGGAUCCUCGGUCAGUCUACACGACUGGAAGGGAAGGUCCGAGAAGGUCUAUAUAUAUGCUUAUGGAUUUAAAAUUAGAAGGAAAAUAUUUGUAAAUAAAUAUUGAGUUUUUGUGUAUGGGGCCAUCCAUAAAUUACGUCACGCGAAUUUUAGAACUUUUCGACCCCUCCCCCCUCCUUGUCACAGGUUGUCACAUUUUUAGAACCCCGUCUCCCCUAACGUGACGUCACACAUUUUUCAAAUUUAUGCAUGUAUCUAAAAAUAAUUAAAAGAAAACAGUUAUUUUACAUUUUUUUAUUUAAGUGUCUCGCUUGCAUUGUAACAUGGCUCUAGGAAUCAAAUGUUGUUACGUAGGAGAUAAUCUUAUAGCGAAAGCGCGAAAUUAUCAAUAAAUAUAGAUUGAGAACUAGCUGUUAAAAUUUUUUUGUUCAUACAUAAAUUUCGUGUUCUAAUAUUUUAUUAUGUGACGUCACAA